AUGUCUCUUCCCAAGGACUUCCAGUGGGGCUUUGCCACUGCCUCGUAUCAGAUCGAGGGUUCCAUCCACGAGGAUGGCCGUGGCCCGUCCAUCUGGGACACCUUCUGCGCUAUCCCCGGCAAGAUUGCCGACGGUAGCUCCGGUGUUGUCGCCUGCGACUCGUAUAAGCGCACCAAGGAGGACAUUGAGCUGCUCAAGUCUGUAGGUGCCCGCGCCUACCGCUUCUCCAUUGCCUGGUCGCGUAUCAUCCCUAUCGGCGGUCGCAACGACCCCAUCAACCAGAAGGGCAUCGACCACUAUGUCAAGUUCGUCGACGACCUGAUCGCCGCCGGCAUCGAGCCCUUCAUCACUCUCCUCCACUGGGAUAUCCCCGACGGACUGGACAAGCGCUACGGCGGUUUCCUGAACAAGGAGGAGUUCACGGCCGACUUUGAGCACUACGCUCGCGUCAUGUUCAAGGCCAUCCCCAAGUGCAAGCACUGGAUCACCUUCAACGAGCCGUGGUGCUCGUCCAUCCUGGGCUACAACAGCGGCUACUUCGCCCCCGGCCGCACGUCGAACCGCGCCAAGUCGGCCGUCGGUGACAGCUCGCGCGAGCCGUGGAUCGUCGGCCACAACCUCCUGGUCGCCCACGGCAAGGCCGUCAAGGUGUACCGCGAGGAGUUCAAGCCCACGCAGGGCGGUGAGAUCGGCAUCACCCUGAACGGUGACGCCACCCUCCCCUGGGACCCCGAGGACCCGCUCGACGUCGAGGCGUGCGACCGCAAGAUCGAGUUCGCCAUCUCGUGGUUUGCCGACCCCAUCUACUUCGGCCACUACCCCGAGUCGAUGCGCAAGCAGCUCGGCGACCGCUUGCCCGAGUGGACGCCCGAGGAGGUUGCGCUCGUCAAGGGCUCCAACGACUUCUACGGCAUGAACCACUACACGGCCAACUACAUCAAGCACAAGAAGGGCGUGCCGCCCGAGGACGACUUCCUCGGCAACCUCGAGACGCUCUUCUACAACAAGAACGGCGACUGCAUCGGGCCCGAGACGCAGUCCUUCUGGCUGCGGCCGCACGCGCAGGGGUUCCGGGACCUGCUCAACUGGCUCAGCAAGCGGUACGGGUACCCCAAGAUCUACGUGACGGAGAACGGCACGUCACUCAAGGGCGAGAACGACAUGUCGCUCGAGCAGAUCGUCGAGGACGACUUCCGCGUCAAGUACUUUGACGACUACGUCCGCGCCAUGGCCCUGGCCUCGUCCGAGGACGGCGUCAACGUCAUGGGCUACAUGGCCUGGUCGCUCAUGGACAACUUUGAGUGGGCCGAGGGCUACGAGACCCGCUUCGGCGUCACCUACGUCGACUACGAGAACGACCAGAAGCGCUACCCCAAGAAGAGCGCCAAGAGCCUCAAGCCCCUGUUUGACAGCCUGAUCCGCAAGGAGUAG